AUGACAACAAUUGUAAUAAAAACCAUUUCAGACCUUGAGGGUUUCAAUAAAAUUGAUUUCAUCAAGGAGGAGCUUGAAAAGGCUUGUCCAGGGGUAGUUUCAUACGUUGAUAUUGUUUCUAUUGCCACAAGAGAUGGCAUUAUGUUGGCCUUGUCAGACAAAUCUGCUAAUGCUUUUUACAAACUCAGCAAUACCAGAGCACAGAUCCUAUCUCUGUCUUUGAUGUUAUUAAGUGUUCCGAAGUUGGUGUUGGAUUCUAUUUUUGAACAAAAGAAUGAGAUUGUGAUAGCCGUGGAAGAGGAACUUGAAAGGUAUUUCUCCGCCAUGUCAGCUUAUGGAUUUGAGAUUGUUCAAACGCUCAUUGUGGACACUGAACCUGAUGAACAUGUGAAGAAGGCUAUAAGCGAGGUGCACACAAAAUUGGGAAGAUUGGCUGAGUUCAUACACAAACACCUUUAUGACUGCAAGGGUACAGGGCAGCCUGACCCAACCAUAGCUUCUGAUUUCCUCACUGACAUGAGAAUGAGGUGCCAAGACAGUAAUAGGACCAACACUCAGCCUUCUUCUUAA